UCCUCCUCCUCGCUUCCCUCCUCCCCUCGAGCUGGAGCGAGGCGCCGCCUCCGCCGCCGCACUGGCAGACAUGUACCCGGGAGCCAGCUCCGCCGGACCCGUGCUUGCACCUCCUCCACCAUUGCCACCACCAGUACAGGGAUAUGCCUUUAAACCCCCUCCUCGGCCGGAUUUUGGCACUUCUGGGAGAACAAUCAAACUGCAGGCCAACUUCUUUGAAAUGGACAUUCCUAAAAUUGAUAUCUACCAUUAUGAAUUGGAUAUAAAGCCAGAAAAAUGCCCUAGAAGAGUUAACAGAGAAAUAGUGGAGCAUAUGGUUCAGCACUUUAAAACCCAGAUUUUUGGGGAUCGCAAGCCAGUGUUUGAUGGAAGAAAAAACCUUUAUACAGCUAUGCCACUUCCCAUUGGGAGAGAUAAACAGGUGGAACUGGAGGUCACGCUGCCAGGAGAAGGAAAGGACAGAAUAUUUAAGGUGGCUAUAAAGUGGAUGUCCUGUGUGAGUUUGCAGGCAUUACAUGAUGCUCUUUCUGGUCGGCUGCCAAGUGUUCCGUUUGAAACCAUCCAGGCACUGGAUGUAGUGAUGAGGCACUUGCCUUCCAUGAGAUAUACUCCUGUGGGGCGAUCUUUUUUUACAGCAUCAGAAGGGUGCUCAAAUCCAUUGGGUGGUGGCAGAGAAGUUUGGUUUGGCUUCCAUCAGUCAGUCAGACCGUCAUUAUGGAAAAUGAUGUUAAAUAUUGAUGUGUCUGCAACUGCAUUUUACAAAGCACAGCCAGUUAUCGAGUUUGUAUGUGAAGUUUUGGACUUCAAAAGUAUUGAAGAACAACAAAAACCUCUGACAGAUUCCCAAAGGGUAAAGUUUACCAAAGAAAUAAAAGGUCUGAAGGUGGAGAUAACACACUGUGGACAGAUGAAAAGAAAGUACAGAGUGUGCAAUGUCACCAGACGACCAGCAAGUCACCAAACAUUCCCCCUUCAGCAGGAGAAUGGACAAACAGUUGAAUGCACUGUAGCUCAGUAUUUUAAGGACAGGCACAAAUUAGUUUUACGCUAUCCUCACCUUCCAUGUUUACAAGUUGGACAGGAGCAGAAACACACGUACCUUCCUCUUGAGGUGUGCAACAUAGUGGCAGGACAAAGAUGCAUAAAGAAACUCACAGACAAUCAGACUUCCACUAUGAUUCGAGCGACUGCCAGAUCAGCACCUGACCGUCAAGAAGAGAUUAGCAAAUUGAUGCGGAGUGCGAGUUUUAAUACCGAUCCCUAUGUUCGUGAAUUUGGAAUAAUGGUCAAAGAUGAAAUGACAGAUGUGACCGGUAGAGUCCUACAACCUCCUUCAAUCCUCUAUGGAGGCAGGAAUAAAGCAAUCGCAACACCAGUUCAAGGAGUCUGGGACAUGAGGAAUAAACAGUUUCACACUGGAAUUGAAAUAAAGGUUUGGGCGAUUGCGUGCUUUGCUCCCCAGCGCCAAUGCACUGAAGUUCAUCUUAAGUCCUUUACAGAACAACUGAGGAAGAUUUCCAGAGAUGCAGGAAUGCCAAUCCAGGGGCAGCCGUGUUUCUGUAAAUACGCGCAGGGAGCUGACAGUGUGGAGCCCAUGUUCAGACACCUCAAGAACACUUACACAGGGCUGCAGCUUGUGGUUGUAAUUCUGCCAGGAAAAACACCAGUCUAUGCGGAGGUGAAGCGUGUUGGUGAUACUGUGCUGGGAAUGGCUACGCAAUGCGUUCAGAUGAAAAACGUGCAAAGAACAACACCACAAACUCUAUCUAACCUUUGCUUAAAAAUAAAUGUCAAAUUAGGAGGUGUAAAUAACAUUUUACUGCCACAGGGCAGACCGCCAGUAUUUCAACAGCCUGUCAUAUUCCUUGGUGCAGAUGUAACUCAUCCACCAGCUGGAGAUGGAAAAAAGCCUUCCAUCGCUGCCGUUGUAGGCAGCAUGGAUGCUCAUCCCAAUCGAUACUGUGCCACGGUUCGGGUCCAGCAGCACCGCCAAGAAAUCAUCCAGGAUUUGGCUGCCAUGGUCAGGGAGUUGCUUAUUCAGUUCUACAAAUCAACCAGAUUUAAACCGACUCGAAUAAUCUUCUACAGAGAUGGUGUUUCGGAGGGGCAGUUUCAACAGGUUCUCCAUCAUGAAUUGCUGGCUAUCAGAGAAGCAUGCAUUAAAUUAGAAAAAGAUUACCAGCCUGGAAUCACGUUUAUUGUUGUGCAGAAAAGGCAUCACACCAGACUCUUCUGUACAGACAAAAAUGAACGGGUUGGAAAAAGUGGGAACAUUCCAGCUGGUACCACAGUGGACACAAAAAUCACCCAUCCAUCAGAGUUUGACUUCUACCUGUGUAGUCACGCUGGUAUUCAGGGAACAAGCAGACCUUCUCAUUACCAUGUCCUCUGGGAUGACAAUCGUUUCUCUUCAGAUGAGCUGCAGAUUCUUACCUACCAGCUGUGUCAUACGUAUGUACGCUGUACUCGUUCUGUUUCCAUCCCUGCACCAGCAUAUUACGCACACCUGGUUGCCUUCAGAGCCAGGUAUCAUCUGGUGGAUAAAGAACACGACAGUGCUGAAGGAAGCCACGCUUCUGGGCAGAGUAAUGGCAGAGAUCACCAAGCACUUGCUAAAGCAGUUCAAGUUCAUCAGGACACGUUGCGCACUAUGUACUUUGCUUGACAUGUUGUAAUGUUUAGCGACUCAGUACAAUAGAGUUGGAUUUACACGAGACCAGCUGCACUUAGACCAACCGUUGCCCACGUUCCAGUGACAGCCAGCAAUGAGUGAUGCAUCUUAAUUUCUUUUCCCAUUAGCAAGAAAGCCUUCCGUCCAGAAUUUCAGACUUGAUUAUGAACUGCAUUCUUGUACCAGACCCCACUAUUGUUGGAAAUGUGGUUUGCCAAAAAAAAAUCUCUAAGCUGCUUGGUAUAAAACAGACCCAUAUUUUAUAAUGAAAUCAAGAGCUAUGAUCUCAGGGCUUAGGGGGAAAAGAAAAAAAAUAACCACCCAAUCCACAAAACUCCUCAUUCAGUUUGCUAUUCAUUGAAUUGCUUUUAAUAAUUUGGAAAAAAAUAAUUCAUACUAAAGUUUGAUGGGCUCAAAUGCUAUGAAUUAGCUGUUAAUACCAAGGAAAGCAAAGCAUUUUUGGCUACUUACAAAUCCUUGAUUAUUCUGGAUGCAUUUACAAAACUUUUAUUUUCAAAAGAGAGUGACAAGGUUCUGGUUUUCAGCUCUCUUAUAAAGAUUCUCCUCUGUGUGUCUAAGGGCAAAUGUAUUUUCUGAAGCUUGUUCUUGAAUGUUUUUUAUUGUGCUGCAUUUGAAAAUCUUUUUCAUAGACUAACGAAGAAUUUUAAAACAGAAUGAACCUCGUACCUACGCUUUUAAUAGGUCCAGUUAGAUUGGCAAAAGAAAAUGUGCCAUUUAAACAAAAAAAGAUUUGUAAAGAGUGUUUUUUAAAUCAUACUGACAGCUAACUUUAGAAUUUGUCAUACAGGACUGUGACACUUCCUUUCCAAAGUUUCUAAAGAAUACGGGUCUGUGGUGAUAAAUACAGUACAAUCCUUUUUCACUGUUGUUUGAGUUAAUGUAAAUUUUAUAUAUGUUUCACAGUAUUAAUGUGAUAGAGUAGAUGCUAUUAUUUAUUUUUAUUUACUAAGGAGUGCUCAUUAUACUUCUGUUAACAUAUCGAGAAUGCUUUGGAUUUAGAAAUUAAAACCUUAUUGCGGGGACAUUACUAUUCAAAAAUAUGCAAUCGACUUUGACGUGAGAGUUCAGAGAUCAACACAGUGUCUAUUGUGUAGCUUGUAAUCAGUAGAAAGGCUCUUUAAGCGUGCACACAACAUAGCAGGUUUUACAUGUGCCGUUCAGAGACGCACACGAGACCAACAUUCUACAUUCAUUCAAGCACAAAACAAUUGUAUUUUAUUUAUAUGUUGAAUAUUGGUGAAACAGGAGCUCUAGUAGCGGAGAGUGGCUCACUGUAAUUUAGACAAAAGUCAGAGAAUCUAUGCAGUAAAGAUAAAUCUUAAGAAACCGAAGUUUACUUAUGAAGGGAGGUGAAACUCUCUUCAUUAUGCAUGAGGUAAAUAGUAAAUGUGAGAGUUUUGCCGUUUUCUUAGGAGAAGCAUUAAUUAAAACUGAUAAUUAUUAGACGAACGCUUCUGUUAGUUUGCACACUGGGUUCAUACAAAAACCAUAAUACAUAUGUAAACCAUUGCACUAAUUACGAUGCCACAAGCAGGUUUAGAAGAAAAUGGAAAAAGCCCAGGAAGCUUCUUUAUGCUGACUUGAUGUUUAUUUUUCAUAGGAUAACUGAAACAACAUGCCGAGAGGCAGGGUUUUACAACUUCGUUCUCUUCCACUGGUUCAUUUUGCUCCAUCUUUUCCCUUCUCUCUCAGCAGAUGCUCAGUUGCUGUUUUGAGUACAUUUACCUCUAGCCACUGAGACGGGCGAGUAGCUUUAACUGAUACCAAGCUCUGUGCCAUAUAGCGGAUAGAAUAUAACCGGUUGCUGUUGAAUAAGCUAGAAAAUGCCCAACCUUUGCUGCAUAAAAAGUUUAAGGUACAUAACUGUGCAAGUUCAAAUCUUCACCUUGUAGCAGCGUGUUGGUUGUCAGUGUUGUGUAGGUGAAAUAACAAUGUUAAAUCUAUUAAUAGAUUAAUUGUAUUAUUCUAAUUCAGUGAUGAGGCUGCUGGGUCAGGUUUUCUUCUCGGUCAUAGUUAUGUAUUUAAAUUAUGCUGGUGUAACAGAAAGCAAAUUCCAGGUCGCAUAGUCUGUCUAUGUUCCAGCCAGGUCGUACAUACCUCCCUACAGUACCGCCAAACUGCCACACCUCGCCGUGCUGGGGAUGCUGCACUUCUCUGUGUGUUUGCUUGAGAGGUUUCUGAUUUCAGUGAAGAUUUUAAUUCGGCGGAGUUUUAUAUCAGAAUUAUUUUUAUAUAUGGAUUAUUCUUAACAAGUAGGAAAAAGAUCAAUCAUUUUCAGUCGUCAUUUAGUUUAUUUGCUCUUUGUUAUGCAGAGACUUCUUGGAUGUGAAAUUCAUCUUUCUCUCUCCUUACUGCACAGAUCUGGACUUUAUACAGGUGGUCAGAUGGGGAUAAGAGGGCAAAAUCUGUCUUGACCUCAACUCUUAUUUCUGAAGCAGACUGGGGCUUCCCUGCAUCCUCGUUGGGAUGUAAUCUUUGGGCUGGCAUGGUUGUUGCAGCUUCUUUCUGUGAUAAAAGGGAGUAUUAGGCAGACACUUAAACAGAGAGUGGUUGUUGCCUGUGUAUCCUCUGGGAAUGAACAGCAAUUUUAUGUAGCUUCCCUUCCCUGAGUAUGAAGAACUUGGGAUGUGUGUUUCAGGCUAGGGACAUUUUUACCUCUUACAGAUCUUUUUAAGCCUCUAAUACUGCUAAAUCUUUACAGCUUGAUUUCUCCCUCAUUUCCCCUCCCCUCUGACCCCACAAGUGGUGAAAUAGUGAAUAAUUUAAAGCAUUUUUAUAAAAAAUAUUGACUAAAUAUGUACUUUGAAGAGUACAGCAUGCUUUAAGUCCAGCAGCUUGCCCUUCUGGGAAUAUUUUUAAUAUAAAUUACUUAUUCCAAAUGUCUCCUGUCAAAAAAAAUCCACCAUAGACACCUAAACCCAUAUUCUUGUUGUAUUUUCUUACCUCCCACGUGUCUUGUAAGAACAGCAAUAUCUCAGGUAAACACAAAACUCAAGAUGUCUCUAUCUCACCCACAUUCUUGCUGUUGCUGUCACAGCUGAGGCUGACAGCUAUAACCACUAAGUCACUGUGCAGCUGAGGCCAGCGAUAACCAAAUGUACAUUACCCUCUGGCAGCUGGGUUUAUUUUUUUCAGGCUCAACAAAGGAGUUGCCUGACUCCUGUUGCAAAAGAGCACUGAGCUGGACCUCAUCCCUUGCAUUCCUCUCGCUCUCCCUGAUGCUCCUGGCAAUGACUUUGUGCUUGAAUUCAGCCGUUGGUGCAGACGGUCCUGUCCUGGUGCUUAGUCUGAAAACUGGUAGAAAUUGCAUCCUGGAGACAGAAAUCUCUUGUUGCAGGUGUGAGCGCUGUGAUGGUCAGUCUGACCACUGCCAGUACUGCAGUAUUUCUUGUGUUUUAAAGGAGUGUGUUUGCGAGAACAAAGAUUAGUGAGUUGCCUGCUAUGGAUUAGCCUUCUCCUGAGUUUUUUAAUGAAAAUGGUAACACUAUUGAAAUAAAACCUCUCGAAGAUUGAAACAGGUUGUAGAAUCUCUGUCUUUGGAGAAGCUCAGGCUUAGCUGCACAGGUCUCCAUGCAGUCUUGGCUCACUGGACCUGCUUUGGACAGGGGGCUGGACUGUAGUGCUCCAGAGGGUCCUUCUGAAGCAUGUGGCUCUGUAGCAGCACCCCAAAACCAAACAGCAAAGUGCUCCUGUUGGGAGGUGAAAAGUAGUAUCAACAAAGAUAAAAUACUUCAAAGUGGUCUUAUUUUUUAUUAUGUCAGAGGUAACCCAAUGAUUAGGUUUCCUUAGCUUUGGAAAUUUCUGCUCCAGUGGCUGAGUAUUAUAACAUGCCUACUCCACUUCUUUUAGCACUCAGAGUUGAGUCAGUCCUUAAGAUACAGUGUUGGAAGUAGGCAGAUUUGGCCUUGGAUGAAUUUGGCAUUCAAGAUAGCCCAGUGCAAUCCUGGCAGUGUCGAUGCACUGAUGUACAGAGUGAGAGUUAGAUCUCUGUGUUUGGAUUUGAGUUUGGGUUUGAAGAUUUCAGCAACCAAACCUGGCUUGCUCAAUAACGAUCAAUGAUCUUGGAUGUUACAGAAGAUUUGGUAUAAGAAUUUCCUUGUUUCUAGAUCUGUCUGGUGUUGGGCGUGUUGUCAGGGAAAGGUGGUUUAUCUUAUUCUGUCAGAGCCAGCAUGGAAAACUUACAGGAAACCUUUGUGCUUUGAACAAUAAAUCCAUAUUAAAUAUUUUUGAUCUUCAUCCAGGCCUCCAGGGAAUGUUCCCUGACUGUAAGAGCAAAAAAGUUGUGAAGGUUUAGUUUCAAUUCUGGCUGUCCCUAACUCCUGCAGCCAUUGUUCAUGUUAAACAUAAGUUGUUUUCAGACAUUAGGGGAUCAUUUUUAUAAGUAAGAUGAGAGUGAAUAUUUCUAGAAGGAUUUUAAGUUGAAACUUUUGACAGAUAAGUGUGAGGGUUCAGGCUUUUGUGUGCCCAGGUUACUUCUUGAAAAGAUUGAAGUUUCUUAUCAAGUUAAGGUGCUUCCAAAGCUUUUAUUUGAAGGUUAGUGUGGGCGUGCACCGAGGCUUUCUGUUAAAUAGAAAACUGUGAUCGGGAGGGCUUUGCACGUUGCUGCCAAUGCUGGUUCCUGUACUGCAGCAGUAAGUCCUCACGCAUGGUGGCAUCUCGCUUGUAGAAAGCCCAGUCUUUCUCAUGCCAGUGAACCUCUAAAACUUAACUGAGCAAGGAUAGGAGGGAAUCUGCAUCAGCAGCCUCCCAGGCAAGUUUAGUGGGUUAAUUGCUCUUCAGUGUACAUGCAGAUUGCUUCUAAUCAAGGAAGCACCUUGAUAUUUUGAGGUGAGAACAGGCUGGUUCUACAAGUCAGGAUUAUCCAAAACUACAAGAACUAGAAAUGCAGGACUGGGACUGUUGUGAGAUAUAGAUGGACAUACUUGCCAUUUGAUGUAAUCAUCUCUGGUGGCAGAGACAACCCAUAAGGGACUUUUUUUUUCCUAAGAGAUAUUUUACACAUUAGAUGAAUGUAAAAAAAGUUCUCACUAUUUUUCACACUUGAUACCAGUGUGAUAAAAUCACAUUUUUUCCUGUUUUUUAAUACAUUUCUCCUACAGUCACAUCUCUUUUUGUGUGUUUGUCCUCCCAGUGUGGCUUCCUUGAUUUCUAAUGCAGCCCAGUAUGUUAUUUUUUACUUUUAUAUUACAUUUGGUAAUGUGCUUCUUGAUGCAUUCAUGCCGUCUUUUCUAAGGAGAACUUCAAGCAGAAGGUAGUUGCACUGAAGGUUUUUUAACCUCCCUUUUUACUGUAAAAAUUCUUUUUUUGCAUCUGCUGUAGCUGUUUGAAAAUACUGUAAAUAGCGCUAGGUAUAGCAAAUCCUGAAAUGCUGUGGAUGCCGUUCCUCGUUCUUUUAUUUUUCGGAAUACUGGCAUAUUUUACAGUAUUGAGAGACGAGCUUUUGGUUUUAAAUGUUGUUAUACUUUCUGUUUGCAUUCUGGUAUGAAUCCAAGGGCACGGCUGCUUUAUUACAGUGGAGAGAUUUAGAGUUUGUCUGUAUUUAUCACAUAUUUCUUACUCCUCUAUGCACGUUCCUCCCACACUGUAAAGAUACAAAGGCAGUUUUUAAGCUACCGAUGUGUUUGUUGCCUGCACAACCCUCAAAUGCCAGUCUUUGAUAUCUGUUAGGCGACUCAUAGGAUUAACAUAAUAACCAAACUAUAACUGUCGCUGUUGCAUUUUCCUUGCUUCUUUCAGCAUCCAAUUUUUGUUCUAUGGAGAAGAACCAGUCUGUGUGGCAGAAUUAGUGGAAUAAUAAGAGAUUUGGGAUUCAAGUUACAGUGUCUUGCUCGCUGUCUCUCUGUAGGUGUGGGAUUGUUGAGUGCAGCAGAUGUUUUCGUGCUCAGAACUAAGAGAUAGCCUUGCCUCUCUGAUUGUCCACGUGAAAAAGCCGUCAGUCUCCUAUCCAUCAGUAACUGCCUUUUGCUUGUGUAAACCUUGAGGAUAGGAGAGACCGAGACUCCAGCCCCGUCGCUUAGCGUUAAAAUGUCAAACAGCAAGUUUUGCCUCCUGUUUCUGAGGGUUAAUGACUGGAAAGAUGCGUUCCUCCGAGAUGCUUUUAAUCCAAAGUGUGUGGAGAUAUUUGUAUGUGUAUGCUUGGUGUGGCACAUAAUCCAGUUUAUCUCAUUCAGUGUUUCAGUUGCUUUUUCUCUGUUGUUUCUUUCUUUGAAGUGUCAAUAUGAAUGUAAUGGCUUGGCCAAAUCACUACAAAAGGUGAUUUUUUUUAAGACUCUUCAGCAAGCAGAUGCAGUUAAAGGCUACCUCCUCUAUUCCUCCGCAGAUUAAGUAAGUUUUAAAGUGAAUCUACUACUAAGCAGCCAAAAUCCUCCCAAAGGAAGUGUAUUUUUACUGUGCUGUUUCUUGCUGGAGAGCUAGCGGUGCCAUACUGUGAUCUUGGACGGCUGCUUGUUGCUCCUUCUGUCUUCCUGAGGCGUAGAUGUGGCUUGUGUUGAUGUGAGGCAUCCAGAAGGUAUCAGAAGUGGCGAGGCAGAUCGCACGUCUGGCACGUUUGCUUCUGUUCGAUAGCAGCAACUCCCUCUGUAACCCAGCCCUUCACUCGCUGAGUUUGUAUACUGUUGUUUCCAACGAAAAGUGUUUUCCUACCUUUAACUAUUGUCCAAAAACUGUCAGGCUUUCCCAGAAAAUGACAUGAAGGUGCUUGAAAUAUAUUUGAAUUUGAGGCAAAAAUUAUAUAUUGCAAUAUUUUUUUAGCUUACUUUUUAGUUAAGUUGACAGAAGACUGUAACAGUGACAAUGCUAAAUUUCCUGCUCAGAUGAUCAUAGUCUUGAAAUUGGGGAGAAAAAACAAACCAAAACCCAACCCCAACCUUGAGUAUAUUCAUACUGUGAGCGCUUAGUGUCAGUUAUGUGCAGCACCUUGGCUGUAACUCAACCUUUAAAUAAGUGCACGCGGACUAAAGGUGCUUUAAAUGACCCGAAAUGAAACUGUAGAAAGCCGUGUUAAUGCAUUGUGUUUUGUUUACAAUGAAUCCAACCAAGCUUCCUCAUUUUAGAAUUAACCACUCUGCUGACAGAAUUCCUGCCUGUUCGAGCACAGCUGGUGCGUGGUUUCAUAGCAGUGUUACGGCGGGGGUUAGUAUUUAAAAGUAACUGGCUUUAUGCUACAGGCAUUGACAUCUCAGAAGCAAGUUUGCUGGUGUUUUAUGCUACCUGCAAUUUCAUUGUCUUAAUCUUUGGGCAUGGACACUUAACGAAGCUGACUGAUGGCAGGGAAGAUUGCUGAAGUUGUGACUUUCUGGAAGCCAGUUCCUGUUGGGCAGUGGGGAGUGACUGAAUAAAUAAGCUCGCUCAUAACUGAGUGGGGUAAAAUCCCCCAAAUUUUAUUCAGUCCUCAGUUAUAAUUUAACAAAACUUCCCCCAAAAGCAUGAAGUACAGGGCUUUGCUCUAGAGCCAAUAGCUGCUUUGCAGAAAAUGUUUCACUACAUCUGGUGACAGGGAUCUGUAGACACUAUCGAUGUUGCUGUGACCUGGAAGUGUGGAACAGAAGUGGUUCUGUGUGAGCGUGUCCUUAUAAAGCAGCAAGGGUAAUAUUGUGUGUGUUCCAGACUAGGUCUGCAAACCUAAGGGAGCAUCAGGAAGUUUAAGUGAGGAAAGAGCCCUGUGCUAGGUGCUUGUCAUGCCUGUAUGGAAGAGAAAUGCCAUCUGCACUGUGCCGGCUGCCCUGUCCCUCAGGGAAAUGAGAUAAGGAGGCAAGAUGGCGCAUUUUCUUGCCAAACUGCUAAUUAAGCACUCCUUAAGGUGACAGUUAAGUAAUACUCUUGGUUUUCCUUCUGGCUUGCCUUCUAGGGGCCCCUGCCUGCAGCCCCACUCCAUACGCCUCUGUCAGCCCCUUCCCCGAAGGUGGAAGGUCCACCUUUGGUGGCAAGGUCCCUGCAGUUGACUUCUGGUUUUAGCCCUCCGUAUCAGAGGGCUUUGAAUGUGGUUGGAGCCAGGACAGGGAUUACAGAUAGGACUAACCUGCUGAAUUUGGAGGUGUGAGAGGUUGGUGUGAGCGAGCUGAGGUCUUGGGAGUUGUACGUGUGUCGGUGCUAGGAAGGGGGACCCACAGCACAGGAUGAAAGCUUGUGACUCCCUUCCUCCCAUCUAAACGUCCUCAGAACAGGAAUGGCUUUGAAUUUGUCCAUGUGCUCCCUCAACAGAUGCAUCUCAAAACCCUGUGGCCGCUUUUCAACCAGCCAACCUACCUAUUUUAUUUUGAAGAGCCUCGUAUUUCCAUUACCAGUCUGUAUUAAAGGGCAUAUUCACUUCCACGUGGUUCUUAACAAUGCACAGGUUUUAGCUGUAUUUUUCCCCCACAUACUGGAUGUGCUGUUGUACCAAGCUGCUUUAGUUUUGUUAUUUCCCCACACACACACUUAUACAUAACUGAAUUACCUGCUGGAAAAACUGCUAUCUAAAGCCCAGCAGAGAUUAGAGAUAGGACUAACCUGCGAGCAAGCCUAGGAGUUGUCCCUGAAAUAUGCAUUUAAACUUUCCUGGCUGUUUGAUGGUGUUUUGAGUGUGCUCGGCAAGCAUGAAUUGUGGAAAGGUCAGCAAGCAAGUUUGGGAGUUUCCAAUCCCCUGGCUGGUGCUCUUUGUGUUGGCUUUGUUAGAUUUCCUGUCAGAAAAAAACCCACAUUUACUGUGGACUCCAUUUGGUAUUUAUCAACUUUUCCUGUUUUUAAAUCCACGAACAGAGGAAGCUUCACUUGUGCCAGUGUACAUAAAAUUGCACAUUUUUGCUUGCCGUGUUCUUGACUCAGUGCAGAUCUGGUCUGUGCUUGAUGGGCACCCCAAAAUCUCAACUGUUGGUCAUGUGUUGUGCGUAGGAUCAAACCUGUCGUGUGUCAACAUAACACACACACAGAGUUGUUUCUAGAUUUCACCAAAUUUUAUUCUGCAUCAACUGUGAGAUGCUCAGACCCUACAGUUUCUGUGCUAUAAAAUAAUAAGGUGUAUCAACCUUAAUCUUGUUGUUCCUGAUGUGUUUUCUCGGGGAACUUAACAAGACCAAGCCCUUAAAUUGCUCAUCUCAUUUACAAGUGAUGACUUUCUCAUUUCAUUUUAAAGUGAGUGAUGUGUCUCUAAUCUCCUGACCUACUUGAAUCUUCAGCUGACUUUCAGUUUUCCAGCAGUGUUGAAUCCCCAGAACGUCUCCCACCAAGAGAUCGUUACAUUUUUCAAGUUCUUUAUUACCAGGGUUUAGGCAGCAGGAAUAAUUCGAGUGGGGAAGGGUUAGAUAUUAUGUGCUUUUCCUUAAUGAAGUUUACUUAAGGAAUAAUUACAAUUUGGCAAAGCGAGUUAGGGAAGAGAAAAACCCCAACAAAACCCUACUAGAACAAAAAAAAAUCAUUGAGGAGUAAGUUUCAGAGUUAUGUAUCUUGGAAAAUCAUAUUUUAGGUGCAGUGAGGAAGCUUAGCUGGCAGUUAUGUGCUGUCCUGAAGCAUGUAGACAUCUGUUUUCUGUAAUUUGUUGAUUCAGCUUAGUAGAUUUUGCAUAUGUGUGUAUGUAUACACAUACAUAUGUUAGUGAAAGGAAAGUGGGACUGUUCAUAGAAAGGCAGUAUUUUGCAGGAAAUAAAAUAAGCACAAUUUCACCAGCUUCCACAGGACUUCAUUUGUACAAUCACAAAAAUCGCAAAGGUCUACAUAAGUAAAAAUCUUUUAACUUUACAUAAGUAAAGAUCCAGUCCCAGGUUUCUGUGCAGCAAAGUGGUUAACCUGAUCCUGGGAGGGUGAGAUGGAAAAGAGAAUGUAUUGAUUAAAUCCAUAGGGGUUGUGUUUUCCCUUAGUUUUGGUCCAUUGUGGAUUUAACUGACAGCUGUUAAAGUUUUAAUCUUCUGUUCUGUAGUUUUCAAAUUUUUUUAUUAUUAUUUUUAUAAAAUAACUGAAAAAUGAACCAAAAAUCAAUUCAGAGAUUUCCUAUUGUAAAUAUUCGCUUGAAUCAAAAUGUUUUAAUGACCAUUUAAAGUUUGCUAUUUUUUGAAGGAAAAAGAAAAGCUAUGAUGUUAAGGGCCUCGUUUCCAGUGGUACUAAACGUGUGCUGGCUCGUUUGUAUGUGUUGCAUCUCUAUUAACAUGUCUUGUGCUCACAGUAUGUAACUGCUAGCACUUGUUAUGUGAAAAGCAGACACAGGACUACCCUCAGCUGACUAUGAAACGCAUCGGCAGCAUUGUAGAAUUGUCUACACCGGUCAUCAGUGUGGCUUUAUGCUACUCAGAUGACGAGGUUCCAUGUAGGUGCGUGUAAUUUAAAUACACGGUGUUUAUCUUGCUAGUGUAGUUUACGAUUUGCGUGAUGCUGGGUGGCCACGCCACUUCAAUCCAAGCCUUAACAAACAGAUAAAUUUGUCAGAGUAUGCAAAAAUACUGUGUAGUGUGAGCAGGAGGCUCCCAGAAAGCUGGAACAGCAGCAGAAGCCUCCUCACCUGAGAAUGGAAGGUGGGACUUGCAGAUCUCUACACUGUGACCGCGUUAGGCACUGGCUGUCACUGUUGCUCUGCAGAACCCUGGCUCUCUGGCGUUUCUCCGGCAGUCUGCCAACAACCGGCUUUCCCAAAUCUCAGCUUCGUUGUUGUCAUUGUUGUUGAACAUAUUGUCCUCCCUCCCCCUGCUAGGAAAUAUCUGCCUGAAGGAGGAUUGUGAUUUAACACUUAAAUUUACAGCAAAAAAAGCUGCUCUCAAGUUCUGUGCUUGCUUAGACUGUGCCAUCGUUUCCACUUCUUAAUGACUGACAGAUAAUCCUUAAAACAUUUUAAUUAGAGGCAAAUAAAACCUUGGGGACCCAGCUUUCUUUUUUUUUUUUCUCGAUUCGGAUCUACCUCAUGUAAGCAGUUGGGUGCUAUUUACUCUAAUUGUCGAUGAGAUUGGCAAAAGCGACCAAACAGUGUGUGAGGACCGACCUCUCCGGAGGCGGCGCCCUGCCAGCCACAACCUCUGGGCUUAUUGUUCAGAGACAACAAUAUUGUAUUUGAGUUUUAUUCUUUGUGCCUUUAUGUUUCUUCCCACUGCGUAACAAUCAAAAAUCAGAUUCGUAAUUAAAAACAGUGAAUGGAUUUUAAUGGCAAAGUGAAAAAAUAAAAAGCCACAAAACAGAGUUUUAGCAAAGUUAAAGUAUUUUUCAGUGUCAUAAAAUGUACAGUGCCAGAGUAGAACUAGGCAAAGAGAAAUACCCACUGAAGAAAUGUUUGGAAUACAUAAUCCCAGCCCUAGAAAGGGACAUCUCUGUGUGUGUCGAUCUGCGGAUGCACACGUGCAGUACACAGUUCUCUGUGCGUGUGUCCCUCUAUAAAAUGGAUACAUGUGUGAGGGUAAGGGAUUAAAACAUCAUUGAAUUUUCCACUGUUUUAUAUGUAACAGUUUACAACUACGUGUAAGUUUUUCUACUCUAUGAACCUUUUUUACUUCUAAAAAAUAAUUCCUUUUUGGACAGUUUUAAGUUGUGAAAUGCUAUCAUUUUUUUGAAGUUAAAACCAACCAAAAUUGACUUUUUACCUAAUACAGAGGGGGAACCUUUUCUGUAAAAUUGUAGUUAGUUUCAAUACGAAAGAAAAAUCUCUAUGUGGAAUUGUAAAAGUGCUGACAUUCCAUCGUGGCGGGACUUCAAAGCUGUUUCCUAAGGCUUUCUGCUGCAGAGAGACUCGAACAAAACGAAAAUGCCUCUGUUAAAUGUUUUUAUAAAACCGCUCCAUCAGGUCGAUACUUAAGCUAUAUUUUCUAAAGCCUAAUCAUCCUUUAAUGCUGCAUAUGAAUUAUCAGCAUGGUUGCACUUUCUCAGUAAUAAUGUAUGCCCUGCAAUUGGCUUGUGGUAAGGACUUUAGUUUUGUAACAAAACCAUUAGUACUUUGGGCAGAAGGUAAUAUUUAUAUAGGUACCUCAAGAAAAAUAAAAGAGCCUGAAUAUGCUGCAUUUUGUUCCUUUACCAUUUUUCAUGUAGCAUUUGUUUGCUGUUAGUUUGUUUUAGUCUAUUACUCGCGACCUGUUUUGCUUUGGGGGACCCCAGUAGCAUUCUAGACUGUCUCUUUCUGUCGCUCUCAUAGAAUGUAGUAUCCUUCCUUGGGUUCAUGCAGUAGAUCAGGAUGGGAUUUGCCCUGAAUUGUGGACGUGAGGGGAACCACAAGGAAACACGCUUUAUGGAGACUUCAGGAAAAGGAUACUAUAUUCCUAAAACAGAUAAUGCACGUUCCUAAUUCUUAAUUUCUGUUGGGUUUUUUUUUGCUCAUAACGCUUUCUCGACUCUUUCCUCAAAUGCAAGCGUGGAGAGGGGCAGCUUUUAUUAACAGAGGGAAAUCAAACUGACCAAACUUGCCCUGUUGGGCAAUGGUGUUGGGGGUGAUGGAGAGGCGGCAGGACAAGGGCUCGUCCACACUGUGUGCUGAAUUGCCCGGAUGCUGGCUUCGGUAAGAGUUGUGCCCCAUGUCGGAGCAGGCCCCCGCCUGCUCUCUGGCUGCGUGCUAAGGCGGGUGUGUCAUCUACUUCUUCGUUUCCGAGUCAGUACACAAUCUAACCAUGUGCAGAGAUGGGGAAUUUCUUUGUUGAGAACUGUUGAAGGAAGCUUCAAAGGCUGUGAAAUUGAGCAUUUAUUGUCAUGUUUUUAAGCUUAAGUGGGUCCUUUUCCAAGUUUGUUUUACAGCUUGCAAGGUAAAAUAGUUUGCACUACUUUUGCAAUAAACUCAUGAAAAACCUAACAGUUUCUGUUUUGGUUUCUUACUGUAUAUAAACAACUAAUACUAAAGAUUUAGCAUAGUGUUUUUCACCUCAAAACAUAAGACUUGUAACAAGCUCAGAAUGCUGUAAUUCCUGACAAAAUAAUGAUGUGAAUGAUAUUUUAUAAAGUUAUUUUGUAUGGUGUCAAUUUUGUUUUGCCUCAUAGUAUGUCAAUAAAAUAAAAUUCCUCAUCUUUACAAGUUUCCGUGUGAUGUCUUUUCAUUCUACCUGGCCACUUUCCCACAAUUCCUGGUGCACCGUGAGGCUGUUUUUCCCAUGAGCACACAGUGCCAUUUAUUGGCUGAAUAUUUUGGCCGAAUAUUUUGGCCGAAAUUUUCCAUAGUGAGUGGAGAAGAGUAGUAGGAGGACAUCUCGGGAGUGUGGAGCCACUUGAUGGAGAAAUCCCAGGACAUGGGAAGUCCAUGUGCAUGCAAAUAGCCAUUAUUCUGCAGGGUUAGUGCUGUGUUCUUGCCAACAGAGCUCAGAAUCAAAUCUAAAAUGAUCAUAGAACGGUCUGGGUUGGAAGGGACCUUUGAAGAUCUCCUGGGAGCCUUGUCUUACCAGGCUGAACAAGCCCUGCUCUCUCAGCCCGUUCUUGUACGGGAGGUGCUCCAACCCUCUCAUUAUCUUCAUAGCCCUCCCCUGGACUCACUCUAACUGAUCCCUGUCCUUCCUGUGCGGAAGACUCCAGACCUGAAUGCAGGGCUCCAGAUAAGUUCUCGUGAGAGCAGAGUAAAGGGGCAGAAUCACCUCCCUGGCCCUUGCUAGCUCAUGUUG